UUGGCGUAUAUUGCCCCCCUUUUACUCCUCCUGCUCACAUCACUUCAACCAGUCUCUGCUUCACAAGGAGAUCGCUCUCCUGAAUAUCAAAAGUGCGUAGAUUCUUGCGAUCGAGAUUCUUGUUUGGUCGGGCUUAAUUGGGACGAUGGUACGGCAAAAGCGACAAUUUUGCCAAUGGUUUUGCGAAUGACAUUUUGGACUUGCUUUGAUGAUUGCAAGUAUCAUUGCACACACAGAGUCACCAAUGAAGCCCAUGAAAGGGUUACGCAUAUUCGACAAGAUGCCUUGAAAACGAUCGAAGCAGCUUCCGCAAAGAAUGGCUGGUCUAGAUCAGAGCAAAGACGAUUGGUGGGAGAUCUUGUACAGGGUAAAUUGGCAGCCCUUAGGCCUGUUCAAAAGGAGAUGGUUCAAUAUCAUGGCAAAUGGGUCUUUAUUCGCUUAUUUGGCGCACAGGAGCCUUUAAGUGUCUUGUUCAGCAUUGCCAAUUUCUACGUUCAUCUCUCCGCUUUGGACAGACUACGAAAACAGGUUCCCGAUGCUUUCCCAUUGAAGCUGGUCUACAUUUUACAUGCUCUGGUCAGCUGCUUUGCAUGGUUGUGGUCAGCAGUCUUCCACACCCGCGACAAGCCAAUGACAGAACGAAUGGAUUAUUUCUCCGCAGGAGCUGUGGUCUUGGGAGGGUUGUUCUACGCCAUAUGUAGGCUUUGGCGAAUCGCACCUGGAAGUGUAGCGUUCAAGAUCCUGGUUAGGACAUUCGGUGGUGCAUUAUCAUUACACAUUUUAUACCUCAGCUUUGGCAGAUUUGACUAUUCGUACAACAUGAAAGCCAAUAUCUUGGUCGGUAUCUCAAACAGUCUUUUGUGGCUGACAUACUCUUUCAAACCUGAAAUCUUCUCUUCUUCAACUCACCCGAAUGGACGAUUCGAGCGAUUACGUUCCUCACCACACGUCUCUUCCGGAUCCAUCACGCACAUUCAUCAUAAUGGAGGUUCUCCUCCCGUUCCAGUUUCAACGCCAAAUCCGCUUCCGCCAUCUUCUUCGCGCAAAGGAAGAAGACAAUUGCAGCUGAUCUUGGCACUUCUUUGGCUAGCGACUUUGCUAGAAGUUCUCGAUUUCCCGCCAAUCUGGAGAGCUUUGGACGCUCAUGCUUUAUGGCAUGCUGCUACCGUGCCAAUUGCACGAAUGUGGUACACAUGGUUGAUUGAAGAUGCAAGAGAGUGUACCUCAACGGGCUUCUGGAUAGGCGAC